CGCAAUGUUUGCGACUCCAUAUUUUCUUCUUGUUUGCAUUGUAACCUUGGAAUACCAUUAAUGGGAUUGAAAUCCGACAUGUUAACAAAUGAGGCUUGCCAUAGAGAGGCUGCUCGUCAAUGCUCCUAUAAUGACACUGAUUCAUUUUCUUCUAUUAAGGGCAGAUCAGGCAAUAAUCAACAUCAUAUGAGUAAUGAUACAAACAAGUUUCUCAGUGAUUGUUCAAGCCAUUAUUCUUUCUCUGGAAAAAUGGAAAGUAAAGCUAGUUUGAGGGUCUCUGAUAGUGUGGAUGGCAUGUCAAUGCUUUCAAAGGUAGCUGCAGUUCAAACUGCUGAAGAAGAUUGUGCCUUUUCUCAGCCAGAAGUUCUUUCAGAUGAUAGAAUCUUCUCCAAUCAGCUAGAGAAGCGGAAGAAUUCAGAAUGCAACGUUGGUGAUAUUUCAUGUGUGACCAGAGCUAAACGGCCAAGAGUGAUGGGAGAUAUCUCUCAAUGCUCUGUGGACCAAAUGGAAUCAACUUCCAUGAGAUUGGAAACUGUUACCACUGAGGAUCAUAAUCAUGAUGCACUUGACAGUGCUGAAUCUGUAAAACUCAAAUUUGAAGAGGAUCUAACAAGCAAAGAUGUGAAAUGCUCAGAA